AUGAACUCCGUCCGGGAGCUGGUCCGCGGACUGACGGUCGACGAGAUGCGCACAAUGUCUAUGGAGAACUGCAUCAAACCCACCACGGCCAGUGAUUUUGAGAAGGCCAUCGAUCGGACGUCCCCGUCGGUGUGUGCUGCCGACAUCGCCAAGUAUGAGGCAUGGAUGGAGGAGUUUGGGUCAUUCUGA